AUGGACUCGACGUUUGGCAAUGUGUUCCUGUUCCUUACCGAUUUGGCUUGGAAGAGUCGUUUGACAAUCCCAUUGCUGGUCACAACCGCCUUCCUGGUCAUGGACAUACGCUUGCAGAUCGAGAUUAACAUACAAACGGGACAAGUGAAUGCCAGCGACCUGGAUGAGCCCGACGAUGCUUUCGAGGAACAGCUGGCGCAGGGUGCAGCGUUUGCCAUGGAAGAGGAGAGCGACGUCUAUACGGAUGAUCUCGAGGAGUAUAAUAGCGAGUAUACCAACGGGGAUGGUAAUAGCAGCGACACGUCACGCUACAGCGCGGAUAUCGACGAUGACUUGGGCUCCGAGUACGACGUUGAGAAUGAUCUCGAUGCUUACUAUGCGAGCGAAAUUCACUUCUAGCCGUAGACUUCGAAUAUAAAUUUUAAGAGUAAUAUAUAUGUGUACAUGUUAGAAGCUAAUUUCUGUAGAUUAGAUGUAUAUGCAUAUAUAGCCCCCCAAUAUUACGUAUUUAUGUAUUUCGGUGUAAUCACAAUUUUUGAAACCA